GGCCAGGGCCUGGACAAGGUGGAGCCCAGUCGCUAGUCCCAGUCCCAUCCCCUCUACUCCAGCACACGUGACCAUCGCCACCGCCUGCUACCACCAGCACCAUGGCUCAGCCACUGCCUCGCCUGUCUGUCCCCGCCGCGCUGGCCCUGGGCUCGGCCGCGCUGGGCGCCGCCUUCGCCACUGGUCUCUUGCUGGGGAGACGGUGGCCUCCGUGGGGGUCCAGGCGACAACAGAGCCUGCUGCCCCCUGAGGACAGUCCCCUGUGGCAGUAUCUGCUGAGCCGCUCCAUGCGGGAGCACCCGGCGCUGCGAAGCCUGCGACUGCUGACCCUGGAGCAGCCGCAGGGGGAUUCCAUGAUGACAUGUGAGCAGGCCCAGCUUCUGGCCAACCUGGCCCGGCUCAUCAAGGCCAAGAAAGCGCUGGACCUGGGUACUUUCACUGGCUACUCCGCCCUGGCGCUAGCCCUGGCGCUUCCCGAGGCUGGCCGCGUGGUGACCUGCGAGGUGGACGCGGAACCCCCGGAGCUGGGGCGGCCCCUCUGGAAGCAGGCCGAAGUGGAGCAGAAGAUCGACCUUCGGCUGCAGCCGGCCCUGCAGACUUUGGAUGAGCUCCUAGCGGCGGGCGAGGCCGGAACCUUCGACGUAGCGGUGGUGGACGCUGACAAGGAGAACUGUGCCGCCUACUACGAGCGCUGUCUACAGCUGCUUCGCCCCGGAGGCGUGCUCGCCGUGCUCAGGGUCCUGUGGCGCGGAGAGGUGCUGCAGCCCAAGCCCAGGGACAAGGCUGUGGAGUGCGUUAGGAACCUGAAUGAGCGCAUCCUACGGGACGCCAGGAUCUACAUCAGCCUCCUGCCCCUAGGGGACGGGCUCUCCUUGGCCUUCAAGAUCUAAGGAGAACCCCAGCCAGUGACCCUUGUUUUCAACCUGACAAUAAAAGGACUGGGACACACGA